AUGUUUGAUCUUAAGGAGUGGAAAAAGAAAGAUAUUACUGGUAUCUAUCACAAGUGGCAGAACAUGAAUGAAGACAGGACACUUUGGAAACUUGGAACAUUACCUCCGGGGCUAAUUACGUUUUAUGGGCUCACACAUCCACUACAAAAGUCAUGGCAUGUACUUGGUUUAGGUUACAAUCCAAGUCUUGAUCGAUCUGAGAUUGAUAACGCAGCUGUUGUACACUAUAAUGGCAACAUGAAACCAUGGCUGGAGUUGGCGAUGACAAAGUAUCGAGGAUUUUGGACCAAGUACAUUAAGUAUGAUCAUCCCUAUAUUCGCAGUUGCAAGCUAAGUGAAUGA